AGCACUUGUGCCUUUGGCCCUUUCGCUGGCCGCAUCCCGUCCCUCUCCCCAGCCCCCUCUGUGCCAUACGCUUUGCAGACCUUGGGAAAGUACCCAAUUUGAGCCUCCCAUUCAAGGAUGUGGGGACACGGCAACGAGAAGGAAAGAUGAGCUGCCUUGGGAUCUUCAUCCCCAGGAAGCACCGGCAGCGCUUCGAUGAGGUGGUGUCCCAGAGCCUCAUCAGCAAGCUGUGCCGGGCAAAGCGGGAGCCGCCGGCCAACCGACUGCGACGCAGCCGCAGCGAGGACCACCACGAGCGCCUGCUCAUCUCCACGCGGGCCAGCUCGGUGCCCCGGAGCCAAGAGGAGGGUUGCCGGAGCUUGAGGAGGUCAACCACGCUGACUGGCAGCAAUGUGGGGACCGGGGCAGCUUGCAGAACCGUUCGUGUCUACAAGGGCAGCAGAAGCUUUGGGUUUACGUUACGUGGCCAUGCACCUGUGUGGAUCGAGUCCGUCUUGCCUGGGAGUCCAGCUGAGAAAGCGUCCCUGAAAGCUGGCGACAGAAUCUUGUUCCUUAAUGGCCUGGAUAUGAGGAACUGUUCCCAUGAGAAGGUCGUCUCCAUGCUCCAAGGUAGUGGGGCAAUGCCCACCCUUGUGGUUGAAGAAGGCACUGUUAGCUUUUCCAGCGAUGGUGAAUCAUCAGAAACACCCAGCUCCUCGUCAGCACUUACCUCCUUGCAGUGGGUAGCUGAGAUCCUGCCCUCCAGCAUCAAGAUCCAGGGAAGGACCUUCCACCAGCAACUGGAACAUCUGCUCACACCACCAGAGCGCUACACAGUGUGCAAAGCACUGGAGAGCUUCUUCCAGCACAG